UUCUUACCAGAUACAAUCGAUACAGAAGUAAAUGGAAUUGUCAGCAUCGUGCCUACGUCGAUAGUACUUCGGCUAUCGAGGCCGACGAGACGGGAGCCCCGCACUAGAGAGCGCUAGCCUCACCUCACCUCACCUGAGAACCGCCACGACGACCAUGCCGCCAACCAAAAUAUCAGCAAGAUGGAAGACGAAAGCGCAAUCGACGACGAGAUCAUCGAGCCUCCGGAGAAAAGAUUGAGGGUCCCACGAAGGACCCCGCGAGCAUGCAAACAAUGCCGACAAGCAAAGAUCAAGUGUUCGGGCUCGAUGCCCUGUGCGCGGUGCGCGCGGCGAAGAGACACGUGCGUUUUCCCGUCCGAUGAGCCGCACGUCUCGGUUCCAGAACGAUACCUCAAGGAUCUCGAACGGAGGGUGGCCCGGGCGAGACUUUCGCAGUCGUCAGCGAGGAAUGUCGGUGGAUUCACUGGGCCAUCAGCGAGCUCGCCGCCGAAUGUACCAAAUGCUACACAGCAGGAGCAAGAGCACAAUGAUGGCCACGGCGUCAUUGAAGCGCCAAAUGCGCAACCAGAAAAUUCGCGGCACGGUUCGCGAAGCCUAGAUGCGCUUGCAGAAGCAUCAUCAGCUGCAGCGGCGGCAGUGCAGAUUCCUGUCAAUUCUACAGACAGGUCAAGCUCGGCCACUGUGAACGAGAACGCCUCUGGUCUACUUGCAAUACACAACCCGCUGGUUAGCAGAACUCUCCCAUAUGUACGCGAUACCUGUGGCCGACCUCGGUAUCUCGGGCCAAGUUCGACUUGGGCCUUCUGUCGACGAGCAUUGUUCCUUCUCGGACCCCAUUCUCCAGGUACUCAUGAUGACUCCGCGCUACUCAACAACGACGGCACAGCCUUUCGACUCCGAUGGGAGACGAAGACUGCUGUUGAGCCUGGCGACCUGAACGAUCUUCCCGCAGCCGACUAUGCCUUGUAUCUGUACAAUUCCGUGAAGUUCCGGCUCGGAGAACUCUUCGGAAUCAUGGAUGAGGCGAGCUUCAUGAGUCACUUCGAAAGAUUCCAUCGUGAGCCCUGGCAGGUCGCGACUGAACAGCGAUUAUGGUUCGUGGAAUACCUACUCAUUCUGGCUUACGGGAAAGCACUAUUGAGCCAUCCCGGCCGAUCACCCGUACCGGGCAGUGACUUCGCAGCUCGCGCCAUGGCCUUACUACCUGAUGCUGCGACGCUGCAUGAAGAAGGCAUGCAUUCGAUUGAGGUUCUGGCACUGGUUGCAUUAUACUUCCAAUCGAUUGACAUGCGGGUCACUGCUUACCAAUAUAUUGGCCAAGCUCUGAGAUUAUGCUAUGUGGAAGGGAUCCACCUACAUAUUCCUGACGAUGUCAUCAGUCCAGAAUUCUCGUUACGAUGUCACAAAGUCUUUUGGGUGAUUUACGUGCUCGACCGAGAGCUGUCGUCCCUAAUGGGCGCCAUCACACCUGGCUCCGAAGAUGAUGUCGCUGCAUUCAUGGCGCCCGAGAGACAAAAUUCAAUUCUGGAUAAGGCUCUCAUGCUUCGGGUGCGGUUAUCACGUCUCAUUGCGACGACAUGCACUACACUAUACAGCGUAGAUGAAAGCUUCGGCGCCUCAUUCGUCAAGAAUACAACCUGGAUCCUCCACCGACUGGCCGAAGUAUCUCAUGAAAUCGAAAGUGUAGUCAACGCACUGAACCAGCCUUCGAAGACGGAGAUGCCUCACAUGCUGAGACGCGUGAUGCUCUCGUACCACCACUGCAUUGUCCUUGCCACCCGCCCCCUAAUCAUGUGGCUGUUGGUGCUCAGUCUUCCACCCGCGACGUCGGAGCCGCAACAGCUCGCCACUCCCAUAUCUGCCCUCCUCCACGCCUCAGCCGAGUCCGCCACAACCAUCAUCCUCAUGCUCAAAUCCCUCACAGAACGUGGCCUGCUCGAGACCUUCCUCCCCUUCCAACUCGAAUACGCCUUCGCAUCUGGCAUGCUUCUCUCUAUCCUGGGUUCCCUCCUACCAUCCUACAUUCCCGACCCCAGCUGGAGCACAACAUUGAAUUUCAUCUUGGAUGAAAUGACAUCCAAGUCCAAUGUCGUGGCUCCAUUGAGGAAAGCAGAAUUAGAGGCUUUGCAUCGUUUGCUUGAUCCUGUGAGGACGCAGGAGCCACUAAUCGUGCCGGGACCAAAUGACUCCAACAUGACGAUGUCGUGGCAUACAGAAGAGCAACAAGAUGGAGCUACCACGACACAAGCAGCAGGCUCUGAUAACAUGACAUCGCUGCAUGAAGGAGAGACAAGUACUGCAGCAGACUCGAAUGCGUUCUAUAUGCCAUGGGAUCCGCUUUAUGAUAUGGGACAAUCUGGACAGCCGGAAUUGAUGUUGGAGCUGGCAGCACAAUUGGAGACCAAUGAUUUCGAUCCUUCGUUCUUGCUAGGUCCGAUCGAAGGGAACGGAUUGUAAGAACAUACAGAAUCGGCUUAUCGAAUUUCGCUGCUUCUGCCUACCACAACAUCUUCCGCCAUUGACUUUCUCAGCUCAAGCGCCAACACAAGCCGCCGAACUUUGGAGUAGUGGUAUGUUCGACAGGCCUUCCGAUGCUAUCUUUCUGCCUUUUCGCCUGGCAUGCCUACCUCUGAUGCCAGAGUAGGAUCUCGAAGCUUAGAAACACUCGUGGCGGCAUUCUAAGCUUCCAAUGCUCUCUCUGUGCAUUCACAGUCGGCACAUUCACGCC